AUGGCGGGCGCCCGCAAUGAGCCUUCCAGCACAGCACAAAGUACCGCACGAUCGGCAGUGCCAGGAUGCAGAGUCUGUAACCGACGCCGGAUCAAAUGCGACGGAGCUCGGCCGGCUUGUAAUAAAUGCACCUCCCGCGGCCUGCAAUGUCCAGGAUACAACAAGAUCCUCAAGUGGAUAUACGGACCAGCCAGCAAAGGACCAAACCGCCUGGCCUUUGGCCCGACGGCGGACAAGGCUAGUGGCAACCCAGUCCAUCACCACCAAGCUGCCGACGGUGUCAUCGUGUCGCCGCUCGUGACUCCGUCCCCAGCGGUGCCGCUGGUGCCAUAUAGAUACACGCAGUUAUCUGGUUUAUUGUCGACACCGAUACUCGGCACGGAAAGCCUCCUACUGCGACACUUUGUGGAUGUCGUGUCAGUGCAAUUAGCGUGGUUCGAGGACGGAUCUAAUCCGUGGCGAGUUUUAGUACUGCCGCUGGCCCUGGACUCGCCUGGGACAUCUCCAUCAUCAUCGCACUGCCUGCUAGCAGCCAUCUUAGGCGUGUCCGCAAGCAAUGUCGCUUCCCGCCUUGCUGAGGGCGACACUCAGCGCGACGCAUAUCUGGGCAUCAUGAACUCGUUACGCAACCGAGCCUUCCGCUUCCUCGCCGAGAAUUUGCGGACUCUGCGGGGCGCACUCGAACAGGGCACGCUGCCUCCUCCACAGCCGCUGACACAGACGGUUAUUGCCAGCGUGCUGCUCCUUUCCUACUUGGAGGUGCACUGGCCAUCCAACGGCAUGUGGCGUAUCCAUCUACGGACGGCACAGAGCAUCAGCGACAUGCUGGAAUUGGCCACGACCGGCGACGCCAUAAGUGCCUUUCUCUCUGAAGAGUUGUUCACUGCCAGUACAUGGCCUCUACUGACCCACUACCCAUCGGAGGAGAUGUCUUCGCCUCAGGAAGUAUCUAUCGGGAGCCUAGCUAGACAGGAAAUCAGGGGUCGUUCUCCCUUCACAGCUUUUGUUGCCAUCGUGCGCCGUGUGACCCGUGCCGCACGGGAUGCAUCACUGCAAGAUGGAGACCCGGUCGAACGGCGAGCAGCUCUUCGCACAAUUCUAGACCAAGUACAGCUAGAUAUGGAGCAAGCCCUCAAGACCGCCUUGGGGGCGCUUCGAACAAUGGAGCCACGGACGGGGCGCAACAUCAGCGGCCACGAUGUUGAGCGUUUCAUCGCCGCCUACUAUUACGCCACUCAGAUAUACUGUCACCGAGCCCUAUUCGCCGCUGCGCCCGAAUCGCCGCAAGAGUCGUCCGCCUGGGCGGAUCAAGUGACGUUGCUCGGCCUGCGCACGCAGCUUGUCGACUCGCUGCAGGCUCUUGACAAUCCUGACUCGCUGGCGCAGUCGCAGCCGUGGCCUCUUUUCGUGCUGGCCACGGAGAGCGCCCACGAACCGGUGACGCAAUGCUGGAUCGAGGCGCGGAUGGCGUCGAUCAUGACACUGUACUGUGAGAUUGACCGGCCGCAGAUGCUCAAUUUUCUAAGGUCCUUCUGGGCUCAAGUUGUUUAUGACAAUUGGAUCGAUUAUGCCCGAUUAUGGACAAAGGAUCGGUACGAAUUCCUUAUAUUAUAA